AUGGCGGCGGGCGCAGGCUACGUGCGCCUCUGGGGCGCUGCGCGGGGCUGGGCGCUGCGGCGGCCGCUGCUGGGCGUCUCCGGGGGGCGGCUGCCGGCGCCGGGCGGCUCGUGGCUGCCGCGAGGCCGGCGGGCGUGCGACGCCGCGGCCUCCUGGGCACUGUGGGGCCGCGGGCCGGCGGCGGCAGCGGCUCCGUGGCGCGGGCUCUGGGAUGCGAACGGCCGCGGCGGCGGCGGCGGCGGCGGGUUCUCGGGCGCGGGCGACGCCCCCGAGGGCGGCGCGGAGGAGGGGGCCGCGGGCUCCGGCGGCGGCGCGGGCGGCGGCGAGGGCCCGGUCAUCACGGCCCUGACGCCCAUGACCAUCCCGGACGUGUUCCCGCACCUGCCGCUCAUCGCCGUCACCCGCAACCCCGUGUUCCCGCGCUUCAUCAAGAUCAUCGAGGUUAAAAAUAAGAAGUUGGUGGAGCUGCUCAGAAGGAAGGUCCGUCUGGCCCAGCCAUAUGCCGGAGUCUUUCUCAAGAGAGAUGACAACAACGAGUCCGACAUGGUGGAGAGCCUGGACGAGGUCUACCACACAGGGACCUUUGUACAGAUCCAUGAGAUGCAGGAUCUUGGGGACAAACUGCGCAUGAUCGUCAUGGGGCACCGGAGGAUUCACAUCAGCCGGCAGCUAGAGGUGGAGCCCGAGGAGGUGGAGGUGGAAAAUAAGCAGAAGCUUCGGCGGAAACCCAAGCGCAGCAAGAAAGAGGCAGAGGAAGAGGCGGGAGUCAGGCAUGGGGCUGAUGUGCUGGAACCCGCCCUGGGCGCACCCAGCGAGGUGCUCAUGGUCGAGGUGGAGAACGUGGUCCACGAAGACUUCCAGGUCACUGAGGAAGUCAAGGCCCUGACAGCGGAAAUCGUCAAGACCAUCCGGGAUAUUAUCGCCUUGAAUCCGCUGUACAGGGAGUCGGUGCUGCAGAUGAUGCAGGCUGGUCAGAGGGUGGUGGACAACCCCAUCUACCUGAGCGACAUGGGUGCUGCGCUUACCGGGGCAGAGUCCCACGAGCUGCAGGACGUGCUGGAGGAGACCAACAUCCCCAAGCGUCUGUACAAGGCUCUGUCCCUCCUGAAGAAGGAGUUCGAGCUCAGCAAGCUGCAGCAGCGCCUGGGGCGGGAGGUGGAGGAGAAGAUCAAGCAGACGCACCGAAAGUACCUGCUGCAGGAGCAGCUGAAGAUCAUCAAGAAGGAGCUGGGGCUGGAGAAGGAGGACAAGGAUGCCAUCGAGGAGAAGUUCCGGGAGCGCCUUAAGGAGCUGGCGGUGCCCAAGCAUGUCAUGGACGUGGUGGACGAGGAGCUGAGCAAGCUGGGGCUGCUCGACAACCACUCGUCUGAGUUCAACGUCACCCGCAACUACCUAGACUGGCUAACGUCAGUGCCGUGGGGCAAACAGAGUGCUGAGAACUUGGACCUGGGCCGGGCACAGGCGGUGCUGGAGGAGGACCACUACGGCAUGGAGGACGUCAAGAAGCGCAUCCUGGAGUUCAUCGCCGUCAGCCAGCUCCGAGGCUCCACCCAGGGCAAGAUCCUCUGCUUCUAUGGACCCCCUGGUGUGGGCAAGACCAGUAUUGCCCGCUCCAUCGCCCGAGCCCUGAACCGAGAGUACUUCCGCUUCAGCGUAGGGGGCAUGACUGAUGUGGCCGAGAUCAAGGGGCACAGGCGGACAUACGUGGGCGCCAUGCCAGGAAAGAUUAUCCAGUGCUUAAAGAAGACGAAGACGGAGAACCCCCUGAUCCUUAUUGAUGAGGUAGACAAGAUCGGCAGGGGCUACCAGGGGGACCCCUCGUCAGCAUUGCUGGAGCUGCUGGACCCCGAGCAGAAUGCCAAUUUCCUCGACCAUUACCUCGAUGUACCAGUGGACUUGUCCAAGGUGCUGUUUAUCUGCACAGCCAAUGUCACUGACACCAUCCCAGAGCCCCUCCGGGACCGAAUGGAGAUGAUCAACGUGUCAGGCUACGUGGCACAGGAAAAGCUUGCCAUCGCCGAGCGGUACCUAGUGCCACAGGCCCGCGCCUUGUGUGGCCUGGACGAGAGCAAAGCCCGGCUGUCUGCAGAGGUGCUCACGCUGCUCAUCAAGCAGUACUGCCGGGAGAGCGGCGUCCGUAACCUGCAGAAGCAGGUGGAGAAGGUGCUCCGCAAGUCGGCCUACAAGAUCGUCAGCGGCGAGGCCGACUUUGUUGAGGUGACGCCCCAGAACCUGCAGGACUUCGUGGGCAAGCCCGUGUUCACGGUGGAGCGCAUGUACGACGUGACGCCGCCUGGCGUGGUCAUGGGUCUGGCCUGGACCGCCAUGGGGGGCUCUACCCUGUUUGUCGAGACAUGCCUGAGGCGGCCACGGGACAAGGACGGCAAAGGGGACAAGGACGGGAGCCUGGAGGUGACGGGGCAGCUGGGGGAUGUGAUGAAGGAGAGUGCACGCAUCGCCUACACCUUCGCCAGAGCCUUCCUUAUGCAGCAUGACCCCCACAACGAUGUCCUGGUUGCCUCGCAUAUCCAUUUGCACGUGCCUGAGGGCGCCACCCCAAAGGACGGUCCAAGCGCUGGCUGCACCAUUGUCACAGCGCUGCUGUCCCUGGCUCUGGGGCAGUCUGUGCGGCCCGACCUGGCCAUGACGGGCGAAGUGUCCUUGACGGGCAAGAUCCUGCCGGUGGGCGGCAUCAAGGAGAAGACCAUUGCGGCCAAGCGUGCAGGUGUGACGUGUGUGGUGCUACCAGCAGAGAACAAGAAAGACUUCUACGACCUAGCGGCCUUCAUCACUGAGGGCCUGGAGGUGCACUUCGUGGAACACUACCACGAGGUCUUCCGCAUAGCCUUCCCACAGGGGCAGGAGCGGGCUCGGGCUAUGGUGUUGGACCGGUGACCGCCUGGCAGCACCAAUACCCUCAGGACCAGGACUUGGAUCAAUGACGCAUAAUUCACAGACUGCACAUAGAAGUAAUUUAAUUAUGAUUAAAAAAUGUGUUUCCAGAA